CGAGACUUCACCUUUCCCCUUUGGCAAAGCCACUGUGUCUGCAUUGACCACCCGACCGAGCUAGUGACGAUGAAGCGUGCAUGGCUGACCGAUUUCCAGCGCACUCAAUACAACCUACGUGGACGAUGUAUCUUCGUUGUUUCGCAAACUACAAUGUCGUGAGUCGAAUGGAUACAAACUGCUUCCUCCGAUGGCGAUGACGAGGUACCUGAUGCUUGAGAGUCCCAUAAAGGAUUUUCGUAUGACGGGGAGCUGAAUUCUUCGCAAAUCUUUGGCCAUAAAAGUCUUCUAUGUUGCAUAGUUGUCAGCUUCCAAUAUCUCAACGUUCGACUUUGACCCAACGAUUCCCAUUCAAUCAUCCUACAGAGUACCAAUUGUCGACAUGUCGGCCGACAAGGUCCCUACCAUUGUUGAAUCGUCCUUGACGAACAACGGUCAACGUACUGUCGUCGUUUCCGACUUGGCUCCAGGAGCAGCGGCACCACCUCAUUACCACACCGACUUCACCGAGACGUUUACUCUGAUCAAAGGCGGCAUGACUGUUUUCCUCUCCCCAGACAUGGACGAAGCGAAUCUCAAGCCAAUCCCCCUGGAAGUCGGAAAACCAGUCACAGUGCCUUUGAAUACGCUUCAUUCCUUCAUCGUCCCGGACGAAUUCACACACGUCAACGUUGUCUUUCAGCCUGGCUCCAUCGGCUUCGAGAAAACGAUACUCAUCAUGCGUGGAAUGCAGGAAGAUCAUGUCUACACUAACCUGAGUAGCCCUGAUUCAGAGACGGGUGUGAUGUUUUACGCAGUGAUGAGUGAAUUGACCAAUACAGUUGUGUUUGUCGGGAAGGCAAAGUCCGACAUGGAUGAGCUUCAAGAUGUCAAAGGCAAAGCGAUCGAGGCUACAAAGCAAGAGUUGGUGGCGAAGUAUGCGUCGGAGCAGCAGUUGAAGCAAGCUGCUGGGAUUGAAUGAGGGCGAUGUUUGAUGAAGGAUUAUCUUUCACAGAUUGUAGCUACUACGAGCACAUGAUGCACGAGUAGAUGGUGAAUGUAAUGAGGGAGACGUCUAGGCGGCCUCUUUUAGUUAUGUA